GUAACAGUUACCGUUACCAUUACUUCUGCCUCCGGUGCCGUCGUUGCGCCACGUCCCGGAAAACUUGAUUACUUGUAGAAUCCUAAGAUCCUGCCCGCCGGCGGGCAAAAAUAACACACAUUAUUUGGCCAUUGAAAAUAAUCUAAAUCAAAAACAAAGGGAAACCGAAUAUCCAAAAGAUUUUUGUUUAUGUUAAACGGAGUGACAAGUGUAAUCAUAAUCAAAAUGUGAAAGGCGGCCUAAAGCAGUUCGCACAAAUAAUAAAUAAUAUAUCAAUCACAUUUCUAAGCGAAAGCGGAGACGAUAUAUAAAAUAAUCAGUAACAAUGCAGAGUUCAAAAUCAUUUUUAAUAAGAGAUCUUCUGGGGGAUUUGAUCACGCGACGACAAACAGAUUCUGAGCUCGAGCUCUCCAAUGAUGACUCGGAUAUAGACAUCGAGGACCGAUCAACGCCAGACUCAACGGCUCCCGGCUGCCAGCAGGAGCUGCUGCUUGCGCACCACCACCACCGGCAUCGAUUCACCCACCACGACGAAUCUAGCGUGGAGUCCUGCGGCUCGGCCACGCCGCGGCCAGGAUCGGGUUCCGGUUCUGGUGGAGCUGCCGCUGGUGUGGCCGUGGGCAUGGCCUCUGGACUGAGUGCAGCGGCAGCGGCGGCAGGUGUGGCAGCUGGUCUACUUGCGGCGGCCGCCUCUGGCGGAGAUGUCAAUGGAAGCGGCGCAGGUGGAGGAACAGGAGCCACUGGUGGCUACGCAGAACACAAACUGCAGCUAAGCAAGAGCGGACGCAAGCCGCGUCGACGUCGCACUGCCUUCACGCACGCCCAGCUGGCCUAUUUGGAGCGCAAGUUUCGCUGCCAGAAGUACCUCAGCGUGGCCGAUCGCAGCGAUGUCGCCGAGACCCUCAACCUGUCCGAGACACAGGUGAAGACCUGGUACCAGAACCGUCGCACCAAGUGGAAGCGACAGAAUCAACUGCGCCUCGAGCAGCUGCGGCACCAGGCGACUUUGGAGAAGGACUUUGUGGUGCAAGAUGGCGGGGGCGGCGGUGGCCCCGGCGGAUUGGGGUGCUGUCCCACCGGUUUAAGCAGCUCUUUCAGCGCCGCUGCCGCCGCAGCAGCGGCCGCUGGGAAUCCGUGCAAUUUUCUCACCUCUGCCGCAGCGGCAGCCAUUUUCCGUAACGUAGGUUAUGUGCACGGCUGUCCCAUGUAGGAGUCGUGCCAGGAAGCAGAAACCUUAUCCAUGGACACCACCCGGAACCACUCCAACUCCCAGUUAAUUCUCCAGUUGCCUCUGUGUACAUAAUAUGCAAAUAGGAAAAACACUUCUUGUGCAAUAACCAUCUGAAGAUAAUCGAGAUCGAUAACGACUGCGAUGGCAAUGAGGAAGAUGCGAUGUGGGUGACGUUGCCAACGCUAAUUUACCAAACGAUGUCGAUGGCGAUGUCAUUGCCAACGUCAAUGCAGUAUUUACCAAGCGUACCCGAUAUUAUUAUUAUAAA